AUGGGAAACGCAUACGCUCCACAGAUUGGAGACGAGGUCUCCACCCUCGAUACCCCAUCCAUGAUCGUCGACCUGGACUUGAUGGAAGCCAACAUCAAGAAGCUUAUGUCCAAGCUGCUGCCCCUGGGUGUCAACAUCAGACCACAUCUUAAGACCACCAAAUCUGGCAUCCUGGCCCAGAAACUUGUCGCUGCAGGUGCGAAAGGUGGGUGCGUCGCCAAACUCAGCGAAGCGGAGGCCAUUAUUGCCGCAUCAGGCUUCGACGACCUCCUAAUCACGUGUGAGAUCAUCGGCCCUGUGAAGGUCAGAAGACUAGUCGAACUAUUCCGCAAACAUAAAAGCAUUCGAACUGUGGUGGACAGUGAGGUGGGAGCCAGCGCCAUCAAUGAUGCUCUUGCGGAUUCUGGCAUUGAGGAGCCUAUCAAUGUUUUGAUAGACUUGGACGUGGGACUUCAUCGCACUGGCGUGAAACCCGGGGAGCCAGCAUUGGCAUUAGCACAACACGUUGCAGGGCUGAAGCACCUGAAGUUGAUCGGUGUUCAGGGCUACGAGGGACAUUUACAGCAUCUACAUGACCGCGCGGAGCGAGAAAAGGAGUGCCGAGCCUCGAUGAAGACCCUAACGGAAACGGCUGAGGCGUUUCGGAAAGCCGACCAUGAUAUCCAGGUCGUGACCACGGGAGGGACUGGCACUGCCGAGUUCUGCGCGACGGUACCAGGCGUGACGGAGGUACAACCUGGUUCCUUCAUCUUCAUGGAUACGGACUACCGAAAUGCUGUCGGUACUUUCUACUCAAACAGUCUCACCAUUCUAGCGACUGUGCUCAGCAGGCAAGGCCCCCGGGCAGUCACAAUCGACACUGGCUUGAAAUCCCUGACGACUGACAGUGGGCUUGCGGAGUGUAAGGACGCGAGGUACCAGUAUGGUGUUCUCGGUGAUGAGCAUGGCUCGUUGACUUGGGAGCAUGACGGGCCCGGGCUGGAGGUUGGUGAUCGUGUUGAGAUGAUACCGAGUCAUAUCGACCCGACCAUCAACUUAUUUGAUGUCUACUACGCCUAUCGAAAAGGUGUGAUAGAAGAAAUCUGGUCUGUUGAUUCGAGAGGAAAGGUACAAUAA